AUUAAAGUACGAACGUCGCGCGUUCGUCAGACAAUUGUUGGGUGAUCGAUGACUGUGUAAGAAGCGUUUAGCCGUACUCUCUUAUCUAAAAGCUCUGACGAAGGCAGCCUUCUAUACCAGUGCGUAUAAAGGUUGCUUCUGAGGCGAACGAUCCGCCACGCAUCCAUCCAGCCAGCCAGACUCCUCGACUCAUUAUUUUCGCUUUCCUGAAACUACAUAACCUCUUCACCCGAUUUCGUAAUCGAACAAUGAAGCUGUUUUGCGUCUUCCUCAUCGCCCUGGCCUGCGUCAGCGGUACAUUCGGAGAUGGGCUCAAGUGUACACUUAAACUUGCCGAUAUACCAACAUCAUGGAUAGACAUGGUUGAUCCAUGCAUAAAAGUCAUGGAAUCUCAAGUCAAAAUCGAAAUCGAAGCAGCUAUGAGAUAUCUCGCAAUGGGCGCUCACUUUGCACGCGAUACUAUUAAUCGCCCAGGCUUUAGCAAAUUCUUCCUUGAAAGCGCAGGCGAAGAGAGGGAGCAUGCAAUAAAAAUCAUCGAAUAUUUGCUAAUGCGUGGACAACUUACAAAUGAUGUUAGCAAACUUCUUAAGUUUCCCUUGAAUAGCAACAAUACGCAUCCAAUACGCCAAGAAUGGAAUAGCGGAGAAGAAGCUCUCGCUGAUGCUUUGAAAUUAGAAGCGCAAGUCACUCGUAGUAUCCGCGAUAUUAUCAUAAAUUGCGAAAAUCCAAAGACAUAUUCUUUCAAUGAUUAUCACUUGGUGGACUACCUCACUACAGAUUUCUUGGAGGAACAACAUAAAGGACAACGCGACCUCGCAGGUAAAAUCUCAACUUUAGGAAAAAUGAUGCAAGCGCACGGACAGUUGGGAGAAUUUUUAUUUGAUAAAAAAUUGUUGAAUGGUGAAAUCUAAGUUUUGAUGAUCGAAAUAUGUUUAACUCGAAAUACUCUUUUAUAUAAAUAGAUGUUUAUAAAAAAUCGUGAUGGCCAUAUUUAGAAUAUAUAUUAAUACAUCGUAACAUUAUUAAUUUACAUUAUUGCUACUAUGCACAUUUAUUUAUAUUUUAUAUGAAUAAUGUGUAAUAAUUUUUAUAUAGAAUGUUUUUUUCUAAACAUGGCUUGAAAUAUUAUAAGAGUAUGUCGAGUAAAAUUUAAAAUAUUUGUUAAUUCAUAAUAAAAAAAUAUAUUAUCCUUGA